UUUGUUGUACCCAUUUUUCUCCUUCAACUUUUAUUCACCCUAUUCCAUAUAAUUUCAUUUUUCUUUUUUCUUUUUUACAUUCCCUUUUUUGUAGGAAAGGAUUAUCUCUUUCAUUUUUUUUUCCAUUUCUGAAGAAUGUGGAGAGAUCCUGGAAUCCCUGCUGAUUCAUAUUAUGAGGUGCGCCCUGAAUGCGCUGCUAGUGUUCCACAAAGCAAGUUCAGAAUCAAGACUGGAAAAACAUUAAGCAUUCGCAAAUGGAAUGCUGCUUUCUCACCAGAAGGCUAUCUUGACAUAAGCAAAAUACUCGAACGUAUCCAACAUGGGGGGGUGCACCCCUCGAUUCGAGGUGAAGUAUGGGAGUUCUUGUUGGGUAGCUUUGACCCUAAUAGCACGUAUGAAGAAAGGGAACAAACACGAGAGAAUCGAAGAGUCAAGUAUGAAAUCUUGAAACAAUUGUGUAAGAAGAUGUUUUCCUUGAUCGGAAGCGGACGGUACGUGACUGCACCGAUUAUAACCGAUACCGGUGAACCUACUCAAGAUCCCAUUGCAAUCAGCCAAAUUUAUGGCGAUUCGCCUCCCGAUUUACAAAAACAAGCUUUGGAGGAUGGCCCUAUGGACAAGAGAGAAAUUGAUUGGAAACUUACCUUACAUCAAAUAGGUCUUGAUGUGGUCCGUACUGAUCGGACUCUUAUGUUUUACGAGAAGGAAGAAAAUUUAUCUAGACUUUGGGACAUCUUAUCCGUCUACGCAUGGUUAGAUGCAGACGUCGGAUAUUGCCAAGGUAUGAGUGAUCUUUGCUCUCCCAUAAUCAUGCUUCUUGAUAAUGAAGCUGAUGCCUUCUGGUGUUUUGAACGUGUGAUGCGAAAAUUGCGAGGAAAUUUUAGAUGUACUGAGAGGUCAGUAGGUGUGGAGUCACAGCUAUGUAAUCUUGCUACAGUUACAAAAGUUAUUGAUCCUAAACUCCAUCAACACUUAGAAACACUAGGUGGAGGUGAUUAUUUGUUUGCUGUCCGAAUGCUUAUGGUUUUGUUUCGUCGAGAAUUCUCAUUUGCUGAUUCAUUAUACCUUUGGGAGAUGAUGUGGGCUCUCGAGUACGAUCCAGAUCUAUUUGCGACAUAUGAGGACGAAGGGGACGGACGAGACGGUAACAAAGGGAAGACCAAGUCAAAGAGGCAAUGUGGGAAAUUUGAGAGAGAGAAUAUGAGAAACGGAACGGCAGCGGCACCUCUCCCCAUAUCGGUUUUCCUCGUGGCCAGCGUGCUCAAGGAAAAGAGUGCCAAGUUGCAAGCAGAGGCCCGGGGUUUGGACGACGUUGUUAAGAUAUUAAACGACAUCACUGGCAACAUCGAUGCUAAGAAGGCGUGCGCGGGCGCGGUGAAGCUUCACAAGAAGUAUCUGAAGAAGGUGAAAGCGGGUGAUGGAGGCCAAAAAUUCAGCUUUUUUGUUGCAUUUGCCAAGUAAUUAACAACUCGGAGGAAAAGAAUGCCAUUGUUAUAAUUUUUUGUAUACUAUGGCGAUUCACCAAUCUUGGUUUUUGAAUCAAAAAUGACGAUUAUA